AUGGUUGUUGAUUCUAAAUCCUCAAUUGAAUGCCGUCGAUCAAGUAAUAAGCCAGAAAUUAUAGCAUCUCUUUAUCUUAAAUGCGCAAAAAAAUAUUCUGGAUGUCUUAUGAUUGUCAGAAGCGACUGUGGUGCGGGAAACAAUCUAUUAGCUUCUAUUCAAUGUUAUUUUCGUCAAUUAGGGAGAGAUCCGUUUGCCGGUAACAACGCACGCAGAUAUGGUACAUCACCAGCGAACCAACGCAUCGAAAGCUGGUGGUCAUUCUAUCGUCGGCACAGAGCUGGCUGGUGGAUUGAUCUCUUUAAGGAUAUGGUACAAUGCAGUAUACUAAGCGUAAAUAAUACCUUUCAUACAGAAUGCCUACAUUUCUGCUUUGAAUCUAUUCUUCAAGACGAGCUUGAUAUGGUUAAGGAUCAGUGGAACUCGCACCGAAUCAGGCGCUCUAGGACAAAUGUGGUCUCGGGCGUGCCUGAUAUUAUGUACUAUUUGCCCCAUCGUUUUGAAGCUUAUAAUUGUAUGGAACGCGUAAGUGCUCCCAUGAUUACUGAGAUGGAGCGAAACGUCAAUUCGGAAGACAUCGGUGAAAAUACCGGAUCUAUGCAUGUCGAAUAUUUUGACUAUGUCUAA